AUCGGUAAUCGAUAGUUGCAAUCGCAGCAAUCAAAUUUUAUUUACACUUGCUCCUUCGUCUCAUUGGAGAGAUUGUAUAACGUAGUAAAUUUUAGUAAAAAAAAUACAUCCUGUACAAUGUUAUUUUGAAGUUAAUUUAUAAUAACUAUAUACAAAUUGAAAUUUCGUAUAAUGUAAAUAUGAAUAUAAAUUAUGGUGCUACUAUUAGCAAUCAAUGAGUUAUUAUGAAUUGAGUUGAUUCGUUAAUCCUUGAUAGUGGUAGGCGCCAUCUGUUACGAAACGUUUUCCUUCUAAAUAAAUUGUGAUAUCAAAGAAAAUGAAACUAAGCUCAAUAUAUUUGAAACGUAGUCCAAGAGCGGCUCAAGAUGUAAAUAAAGUGCCGUUUAGCGAAGUGAUGCCUUUAAAAUUAAGAAAUAGAGUUUGUGGGGGCACAAUAAGAACUCUUGAGGAUAAAUGUUUAUAUGAAAUGACAUUACUAUUUGGAUGUUGGAAAGAAAAUGAUUUUGAAAAUGGCAUGUGUAACAAAGAAAUUAAAAAGUUGUAUGGAUGUUAUAACAAAUAUAUGACAAAUGCUGCUACACACAAGGAACUACAAAAAAUUGAAAUUCCUGCUCCUAAUGCUAAAAAUCUUACAAGUAAACAGGUUACAUACCUUUUACGUAUGUAUCCAACUGUUUAAUGAUUUUAAAUAAAAUGUUAGAGUAUUAUAUAAAAAAUA